AUGACACAGGCUGAAGUUGAUGAUACAUUAAAACGUAUACAAGAACAUAAAGGUGUUCAUGGUUUUUUAAUUAUAAAUAAUGAUGGUAUUCCAAUUCGUACAAGUCUUGACACGGCAUUAUCGCAACAAUAUGCUGCAUUAAUAAAAUCUUUAUCGGAUAAAGCUCGAUCAACAAUUCGUGAUAUUGAUCCAACAAAUGAACUUGUUUUCUUUCGUAUGCGUACUAAAAAACAUGAAGUUCUCGUUGCACCCGAAAAAGAAUAUACAAUGAUCGUUUUACAAGCAACAGAUGUUUUAUAG